CUCUGAUACCAGAAUAUAGCCUUUGGUAAUCCUGUACUUUUUGCAGUCACUUUGCGAGCAAGCAGACCGUUUGUGCAUCCUGAACGAUGCUCAGGAGCGCCGCUGCCAUCUGGGGCGGCGCUCCCAAGCCUAUUAGCUUAAGUGCACGCCCCUUAGCAGCUCCAUGCACAUCGUCAUACCGCCCGUUGGACGUAAUACAACCAGCGACGCGCCUGCUCCGCUCGUCCAUCACACGAUGUCCACUUUUAAACCCGCGGACUCCACCAUCUCCAAGAGGCGACAGCUGCACCAACGUCAGGGCCGCCAAGGGCCAAGGCAGCAGCGGCUCUCCACGUAAGGCUCGCAGAAAGAAGGAGACAGCUCCUGAGGAGCAGGUGCCUGCAGAGGCCGACGCGGGCCCCACGCUCAAGGCACGCCGCAAACGGAAGGGAGAGAGCGCACACCACACGUUGGAGCAGCAAGCAGGCGGGGAAGCGGCAGCUGCAGCAGCAGCAGCGGCUCCGGAGACUCAGCAGGCCUUCCUUCCUUCUGAGGAGCAGCAGCGGGCCAUCAACAUCGUGAUGAGCGGGGGCAACCUUUUCCUGACGGGCUGUGCUGGGACCGGCAAGUCAGCCACGCUGAGUGAUAUCCGAUUGAAGCUAAGAGAAAAGUACGGGAAGGACUUUGAGUCGAAAGUGGCUGUCGUCGCCCUGACGGGGCUUGCGGCAACCCUUGUGGAAGGCGUCACGCUGCACUCGCUGCUAAAGAUAAAGAAAGCUGAGAACUUCGGCAACUUCCAACGCAUUGAGGAGGAUCCGCAGGUUCUAUCCCUGCUGCUGCGGCUGGGCACCAUCAUCAUCGACGAGUCGGGGAUGCUAAGUGGGGAGAUGCUGCAGACGCUGGAAGUGCACAUCACGAAAGCGCGGAAGAAGGCAGCCAGAGCUGCUGUCCUGGAGGAAGAGAGCAUAAGGGGGGUCAAGCUGAGCAAGGAGGAGGUGGCCGAGCUCCUGGCGCAGUACGACAAGCCCUUCGGGGGCCUGCAGGUCAUCGUGAGCGGCGACUUUUUCCAGCUGAGCCCGGUCCCAAAGAAAAAGGACCACGCCGACCGAUCCGUCCAUGCGCACGCGACACCCCCCGGCAAGCCGGGCGCGCGGGAGAUACAAUUCGAGAACCGCGGCUUCAUGUUCCAAGCCCCUGCGUUCCAUUACGGCGAGCUAGAGCUUGUAGAACUAACCAAGGUUUUCCGACAGGAGGAUCAGGAGCACGUGUCCCUGCUGAACGACAUCCGCUGCGGCCCCGACGACGUCUGUGCGGCUGCCCUGAAAAACAUCAUCCACCGCUGCUCUCGCGACUUGGACUGCUCAGUCGGCAUCAAACCCACGCUGCUAUACGCCACCAACAAGUUGGUCGAAAAGAAGAACCAGGAGGAGCUGGAGCUGCUACCGGGAGCUCUGGCGGUGUUGCACGCAGCGGAGGCUGUGGUGGUGGAGGCUGAGCCACCUGGGAGGCACUACCUGCCGCUCCAACAGGAGGGCCUGCUAUCCAAGCACGAGUACGAGGAACUGGAAAAGGGGCUGGACGAAGAGAGCUCCAUUCGAAAGGGCCUUCCUGGCGCCCCGCGGCUCCUGCAAGAGCUGCAGGGGGCUGCGAGAGAGCGCGCGUUGGAGCUGCGGAUGGAGUGGCGUGGCACGGCGGAGAAGCUGCUUUGGGACAUCCACGUGCGUACCUUUCAUCGCAGCCAGGCGGAGCAGCAGGUCAUCCUCAAGGAGGAUGCCCAGGUGAUGCUGGUCCGCAACAUUGACCUCGGCUCGCAGUUGGUGAACGGCAGCCGCGGCGUGGUGACGUGUUUUAAAAAGGCGGACCUAGAGAAAACUGACAAGCUGUACGCACAGUGCAUGAAGUAUGCCGAGGCCGCGGGCUGCGGUUCCGAAAUGCAUAGGUACCUGAGCAAGAACCCCUACGUGCCUGUUGUGCGCUUCUUGAACGAGGAGCAGCGGGCGAUCACACCCGCUAUCUUCGACGCGCAUGUCCCGGGCUAUGGCAGGUGCGUGCGGAUCCAGUGCCCCCUCAAGCUGGCCUGGGCCAUUACUGUGCACAAGUCGCAAGGCCUGACGUUGGAUCGGGCGAUCAUCAACCUGAAUGACUUCUUCGGUCACGGCAUGUUGUACACGGCGCUGAGCCGGGUCCGCUCGCUGGCUGGGCUGCAAGUGAAGGGGACCACCUGGAGAAAGAUGGACCCCGAGGUCCGGCGCUGGUGGAGCGCCCACCUCGCUGGGCACCCGUACGACAUGAACCGCCUCCCCCACAUGGACCCCCCCUGGUGCUGGCAGGACGUGCGGCUCCGCAAGGUCCUGGGCUUCACACACAACCCGCAGGCGCGC